AUGUCGUCUCCAUCGGAAUCUUCGAGCACGGUCGGGACCUUUUCCGACUCAACUAUGAAUCACUGCGUUCAGGAUUCGAACCGCAACGUGCCGAGAAAUGUUACAGCACAAAAUUUACCUCCUUAUGAGAUGCCGCCUACACAGAAUACGGUCCCGGUCCACAUGCCGGGGCCUGCUCAACCACCGCCAGCUUACCACGCUUCUAAUGGCUUUAGCAUGAAUGGUAAUAUUCAGAAUUUGCAGGACAAUUUUAAUGGUCAUCACCCGACAUUUAGUGGAAACCACAGAGAUUUCAAUGGCCUCGUCUCGAAUGGGAUACCCCAAGGAAUUAGGUGCGAUUCCCACAUAAUAAGAAAUGGUAUAACUGGAUCAUACGGAUUGAAUGGCACUGGAAAUGUGACCGCAGCUGCUCACCUUCGCUACUUGACACCAUCAUCAAGUGCGGUAACACCGGGAAAACGCAUGAACGGAGUCAAGAAACCAAAAAGAAGUCGUACUGCAUUUACCACGCAGCAACUUCUGCAGCUGGAGGAGCAAUUUUCACAAAACCGGUAUUUAGAUCGGACGCGGCGCAUAGAACUGGCAGCGGUUCUGAAUUUAAAAGAGAGAACCAUAAAAAUAUGGUUCCAGAACCGUAGAAUGAAAGAAAAGAAGGACAGCUUAGAAGAAAGCAUUGAGGAAUCCGAAAAAGUGACUGAAUCGUCACCGGCGAUGUUGAUACAAGCUGUUCCUAACAUGCCACCAUUCGUAAAGCAUGAGCCAUAUCCACCAGCCCAUGAUAUGUACUGCCAAAUAACUCCGAACUAUGAGUUAUCAGUUCCAGCUUCAAAUCCAACUGAUGAGUAUGUGGAGUACAUAUAUCAACAAGGAUUUAAGGCGCGAAAUAUAAGUGGAAAUAUUCCAGCACAGCAAGAACCACUUAAAUAUAACAACCAACUAGAGCCAGUGCAUGCCGAGCCAUUGCCUCCCGAACCAAAUGAUUCUACCAACAUGCCUGCCGCGUCCAUUUCAGCUCCAGAGGCACCAGAAAACUGGGAUGCACCAAAUUUGCCGACUUAUGAGAUGCCGUCUACACAGAAUACGGUCCCGGUCCACAUGCCGGGGCCUGCUAAACCACCGCCAGCUUACCACGCUUCUAAUGGCUUUAGCAUGAAUGGUAAUAUUCAGAAUUUGCAGGACAAUUUUAAUGGUCAUCACCCGACAUUUAGUGGAAACCACAGAGAUUACAAUGACCUCAUCUCGAAUGGGAUACCCCAAGGAAUUAGGUGCGAUUCCCACAUAAUAAGAAAUGGUAUAACUGGAUCAUACGGAUUGAAUGGCACUGGAUAUGUGACCGCAGCUGCUCACCUUCGCUACUUGACACCAUCAUCAAGUAAGGUAACACCGGGAAAACGCGUGAACGGAGUCAAGAAACCAAAAAGAAAUCGUACUGCAUUUACCUUACAGCAACUUUUGCAGCUGGAAGAGCAAUUUUCGCAAAACCGGUAUUUAGAUCGGACGCGGCGCAUAGAACUGGCAGCGGUUCUGAAUUUAAAAGAGAGAAUCAUAAAAAUAUGGUUCCAGAACCGUAGAAUGAAAGAAAAGAAGGACAGCUUAGAAGAAAGUUUUGAGGAAUCCAAAAAAGUGAAGGCUGAAUCGUCACCGGCGAUGUUGAUAAAAGGUGUUCCUAACAUGCCACCAUUAAACCGUAGAAUGAAAGAAAAGAAGGACAGCUUAGAAGAAAGCUUUGAUGAAUCCGAUAAAGUGAAGUCUGAAUCGUCACCGGCGAUGUUGAUACAAGCUGUUCCUAACAUGCCACCAUUAGUAAUGCAUGAGCCAUAUCCACCAGAGUAUGAUAUGUUCUACCAAAUAACUCCGGAUUAUGAGCUAUCAAUUCCAGCUUCAAAUCAAGUUAAUGAGUAUGUGGAGUAUGUACUCCACAUACUCAUUAAUUUGAUUGGUGGUGGUGGCUAUGGUGCGCAAAAUCAACUUCUGCAGCUGGAGGAGCAAUUUUCACAAAACCGGUAUUUGGAUUGGACGCGGCGCAUAGAACUGGCAGCGGUUCUGAAUUUAAAAGAGAGAACCAUAAAAAUAUGGUUCCAGAACCGUAGAAUGAAAGAAAAGAAGUACAGCUUAGAAGAAAGCUUUGAGGAAUCCGAAAAAGUGAAGACUGAAUCGUCACCGGCGAUGUUGAUACAAGCUGUUCCUAACAUGCCACCAUUAGAUGCAUGA